AUGAACGAUAUACAAUGUAAAAACUUCAAUGAAGGAAGUCAUCAGCGAUGUUGCGUCGAAGAUGAACUUGUUGCGCUACAACUACAAUGGAAUCAGCAACGACAAGAAAUCGUCGAUCUAAGUCGACAAAUCGAUAUAUUUCGAGAAAUCUCACAUAAUAUCUGUGUUGCAUGUGACUCACUAGUGGGUGUCUUGAAUCAUUUCCAUGAACAUUUACAACAAGUGCAUCACGACUCAAAAAUGAUUUGUGAUUAA